AUGUUGAAGGAAAUUCUAAAUAAAAAGUAUACAUUAUAUGCCACUAGUUUAUUAGAAGAGAAAAAAAAGUUGAAAAAAUACAAAUCAUUAGCUAAAUUAUUUAUUCAAACACCUUAUACUGCUAUUACUACAACUACAACUACAACUACCAUCGCUAAUGAUAAUCUAUCAUCCUUAUCAACAAACCCUUCUUUUUAUUCAAAUAUUUUAAACUCUGUUAGAUUAGAAGACUAUCAAGAUGAUGAUAAUUUAUCAAAUAUAACAUGGCCGCCGCCUUCCAGAAAAGUAAUGUUAGAUUUGCUUAAAGGAUUAAACAAAGAUUUAAACGAUGCUUCCACCACCAAACAUAAUUCGUCAUCAUCGUCACAUUUUGAUCUUUUGGUAAUUGGUGGCGGUGCAACCGGUAGUGGUGUAGCGCUCGAUGCUGCUACCAGAGGAUUGAAGGUAGCAUUGGUAGAAAGAGAUGAUUUUGCAUCUGGUACUUCAUCUCGUUCAACUAAACUUGUACAUGGUGGUGUAAGAUAUUUGGAAAAGGCAUUUAAAGAAUUAGAUUAUGGACAGUAUAAACUUGUUAAAGAAGCACUUCAUGAACGUGCAAAUUUUUUUAAUGUUGCUCCUUACCUAUGUUUUCAAUUACCUAUCAUGUUGCCAAUUUACAAAUGGUGGCAAGUCCCUUAUUAUUGGAUUGGAUCAAAAACGUAUGAUUUACUUGCAGGCAAAGAAGGAGUAGAAAAUUCAUAUUUUCUAACAUGUGGUAAAGCACUUGAUGCUUUCCCUAUGCUAAAUAACGACAAACUUGUUGGUGCAAUGGUUUAUUAUGAUGGUCAACAUAAUGAUGCUCGUAUGAAUGUUGCAAUUGCUUUGACUGCUAUAUGUCAUGGUGCGGUUAUUGCAAACCAUGUAGAAGUCUUAAAUUUACUAAAAGAUGAAUUUAAUGUAAUUAAUGGAGCAAGAGUUAGAGAUAAUUUGACAGGCGAAGAAUGGGAUGUUAAGGCCAAGGGUGUCAUAAAUGCUACAGGUGCAUUCACAGAUAGCAUACGAUCAAUGGAUGAUCCAAGUAAUAAUAAUAUUGUUGCACCAUCAUCUGGUACACAUGUGAUAUUACCAAAUUAUUAUAGUCCUAGAAAAAUGGGUUUACUUGAUCCUGAAACAUCAGAUGGUAGGGUUAUUUUCUUCUUGCCGUGGGAAGGAAACACCAUUGCUGGCACAACUGAUUCACCUACAGAAGUAACUUUUGAUCCUAAACCUAAAGAGGAAGAGAUUCAAUGGAUUCUACACGAAGUUGGAAGAUAUUUAAACCCUGAUAUCAAAGUACGAAGGGAUGAUGUUCUUGCUGCUUGGUCAGGUAUUAGACCAUUGGUUCGAGACCCUUCAGCAAAAAACACAGCAGAGUUGGUGAGAAAUCAUAUGAUUAAUGUUAGUAGUUCAAAACUGAUUACUAUUUCUGGUGGUAAAUGGACUACUUACCGUGCAAUGGCACAAGAUACUGUUGACAAAGCAAUUGAAGUUUUUGAUUUAAAGCCAACCAAUGAAUGCAUUACAGAAAAAGCAAAACUUAUCGGAUCUCAGGCUUAUUCUAGAACAAUGUUUAUUAAACUUAUACAACAUUUUGGUAUAGAAACAGAAGUUGCACAGCAUUUAGCUGAUAGUUAUGGUGAUCGAGCAUGGGAUGUAGUUUCAUUAGCAUUACCUACUAACAAACAUUGGCCAAUUUUUGGUCAUAGAAUAAGUCCAAUUUAUCCUUAUAUUGAUGCAGAAAUACUAUAUGCUAUUAAACGAGAAUAUGCAUGUACUCUUGUGGAUGUAAUUGCCAGAAGAACACGAUUAGCAUUUUUGGAUGCACAAGAAACAUUUAAUUCAUUACCACAUAUUAUUGAGAUAAUGAGUAAAGAACUUAAUUGGACAAAAGAACAAAGAACCCAGGAAUUUAAUAAAGCUGUAGAAUUUUUAAUAACAAUGGGUUUGCUGCUACCAAAAGAAAAAUUAACUUUAAAAUAG